AUGCUGCCCACCAGAAUCCUCCUCUCCCAAGCCGGGAAGAACAUAACCGGCUUCGAAAUGCGCAAACUCCUCGCCGCCACCGGCCGACCGCGCUACGAUCCCUGGGAGCGCAACGAAGCAUGGCGCUACACAGGCCGCUUCUCCCGCUGGAACCGAUUCCGCCGCGCGCUUCCCGGUUUCGGCACCGCGUCGGUGGCGUUUGCGGUGUAUUUGGCGUAUGAGCACUUCUUUUUGGAGGAGGAACAUCAUGGGGAGCAUGGCGAGGGGCAUGGGGAGCAUGGGGAGGGGCAUGGGGAGGGGAAGCACUAG